AUGUCUUCAAGUAAUUUUCAAAAUGAAUCUAUUGAGAAAGCAUCUGAAAUGCUAUUGACAUGUAUUAAUGAGGGUAGAAUCGAUGUUUUAAAAAGUAUUCUCAAUCAACUAGUUAAACAACAAAAUUAUCUUUCAAUAUUAGAUGGUAUUCAUAAUGAAAUAGGAAGUUUAUUACAUAAUGCUGUUGUUUUAAAUAAUGUUGAUGCUGUAAGGACUCUUCUCUCAGUUGGAGCAUCUCCUUGCAUACAAAAUGAUGAAAAUAAAACUCCAUAUCAAUGUGCUGAGAAUGAGGAUAUUAAAAAUGCAUUCAUUCAGGAAAUUUUACAAGCUGCUGCAACAUCAAAUGCUGGUAAAGUAUGUCGAUUAAUUGCUUCUGGUGUUCCAGUAAAUUCAUAUGAUUCUGACUUAACAAGAAAUACCCCAUUACAUUGGGCUGCCAGUUUUGGAAAUGAAGAAAUAAUAAAGGCUUUUUGUGAUAGUCAGGCUAAUGUUAAUGCCACAAAUAAUAAGGGUGAAACACCAUUACAUGAUGCCGUCAAAAGAAAUGACGAUAAAAUUGUUAGAAUUUUAAUUGACUAUGGAGCAGAUGUUCAUAUUAAAGAUAAUAAUAAUAUUUCACCUUUUGACUUGGCAACUACAAAAAAUUAUAGUUCUAUUGUUUCGUUAAUGUCUAUGAAUGAUGUAGCACAACAAUUACGUAGAACAGAAAGUAUCGUUUCGGCAGAUCUAGAAACAGCAUCUAUUAUAACAUCAGAUAUUGGAACAGAUUUUAUGGAUAAGGCAAAUAAUAAUCAAGUUAAUAAUAAAUUAGAAGCAUGGACAGAUUUAUUAUGGCCACAACCACAAUUUUUAGAAAUUGACAAAAGUGCAAGUACUAUUCAAUUUCCAAAAGAUAAUCGAUUAAAAGUUUACUUUUUAAGUACAUCAGAAGGGAACCCUAGACGUCUUAUGCAAUGUAUUCAAACUGUAUCUUCUGUCUUGUCUUCUAUUAAUUUAGAAAUUGAAUAUCGAGGUCAUGAAGUUCCAGAUUCUCCAUUAGAAGGACGUGUCAUUUGUGGAUUGUAUGAUCUUGGAAAAGGUAGUGGUUCUUAUUCACUUUCUAUAACAAAAUCAGGAAUUGAAGUAUAUGCUAGUGAAUAUUCUGGAAUAAAAUAUGGAUUUUCAACAUUAGCUCAGAUACUUCGUCUCCAUCGUGGAAAUGCAUAUAUGUUUAGUCAAAAAAAUCAUUCUAUAGAUUAUAGUGAUGAAAGACAAUUAUCUAAUAAAGGAGUAUCAUUUACAAAUACAAGUUUUAUUCCUCAAAGUGACUCAAAUUUAUCUGUAAAUAAUUCUUACAACAGUGGAAAUUCUGACAAUAACUAUACAUUUGCAAUUCCAGCUGGACAAAUACCAUGCUUGACAAUUCGUGAUUAUCCUGAUAUGGAAAUAAGAGCUGUUUUUCAAGAUUUUUCUGGUUGUAGAAUUCUUAAUACAGAAACUGUUUUACAAAUGGCAACUAGAUUAUCAUAUUGUAAAGUUAAUUAUCUUUUUGUUAACUUUGAAUCUAGAACAACAGAUACAUACCAAUUACCCUAUACAAAUCGAGACCUUUUUCAUAUGACUCAAGUUUGUGAGGAAUUAUUUAUCACCUUAAUACCUUCACUUGAUUUUCAAACAAAUUAUAUUGAAAUUGAAGAUGCUAGAGGAUUUAUUGAAAAUUUUAUGAAUGAUUUUCCUUUAUGUAAAUCUGUUCAUUUUGGUGAAAAUAUUACCUCAAUUUUACUUUCAAAUCCACAAUUAAUGAAUACAAUUCAAAAAAGAAUUAAAAAAAUUUUUUUGACAAUUGAAUUGACAGAAAAUAAUAUUCAUCAAAUCAAUAAUUUACCACCAUAUACUAUUUUAUGUCUUGAUGCUAGGUAUCCUUUUGAAUUAGAAUCAAAAUUAUCAGCUAGAGUUAAUGUAAUUCUAAGACAUACAGUUUCUGAUGUAGGUUUUUUAACAUCUAGUCCAGAAACAAUAGGAAAAAAAAUUAUUUUGGCAGAGAAAUUAGCAUAUAAAACAUAUAUUUUGGGAAAUAUUAUAUGUGAUUUGUCAACUGGUGUUGAGAUAAUGCCACCAUCAUUAUCUUAUAUACCUGAAAUUGCAACAACAGGUAUUUCAUGGAAUAAAAAUAUUGAUUUUAGGAAAUUUUUAUUUUUUAUGCCAAGAAUAACGGCAGAACAUAUAUUAUUAGAUGGUGGAUUAACUGUUUUAUUUGAACAAUCAAUGACUUUAGGAAAAGUUGAACAUGAAAUAACAAAAUUUUCCCUUGGUCAACAUAAAUUAUCUUCAACAAAUUAUAACUCACCAAAACAACCAAAAAAUGUUAUUUCAAUAUUUGUUGAAAUUUUAUUAAAUCCAGAUAAUAUAAAAUUAGAUCGUUUAACACCAUUGGUUUUUAAAAAAGCUAGAAUUGAAUUAAGAAAAUCGAUGAAAGCUUUAAAUGAUGCCCGUAAACAUUUGCCUUAUAACUUUGAACUUGCCUUAGUAUUAGCAGAAAUUCAAUUGAUAACUGAAUUAAUGACUUUAUUAUCAAGACUUGGGCAAUCACUUUGCAUGUAUGGAAAUUCUGAAUCAUUACGUGGAAAUACAUAUUUAAGUGUUGGUCAAUUACCAGCAAAUAUUCGUACUGAUAUGGCUAAUGCUCUUCUUGAUAUUCGAACAAGAUUUCAACAUACAUGGUUAUCUAGAAAUAUGGCAAGUACUCUUCCAAAUGCACUUAAAAUUUUUGACAAUUUAUUUAAAGCACUUUUACCACCAAGUUUACAAAAUUAUAGUAAUAUGGUUUUGUAA